CAGAGCUUGUAUGAAAUGUACUGAUAUUUCUAACUUGUGAUCUUUCGAAUAAAAAUGUUGGUUAGUAGAAUGUAUUUAUUUAUUUUUACUGUUUUCAUAUUAUGCUCUGUCCCUCCAAGUAUUCGAGCUGAUAAAGUUUGUGACAAAUCACAGUGUCAAGGGCCUGUACGAUAUUAUGAAUAUCUAGGGUGUACACCAGUAUAUGCAACUCCUGAUAAUUGUUGUCCAUAUAAAUAUAAUUGUGAUCAUCUACAAAAUAGACUUCCUAACAAGUGCUAUGUUGGGAAUCGUGAAUAUGAAGUUGAUGAAGUGUUGCAGGAAGAAGAUGCAGAACCUUGUGACAUGGAUUGUAAAUGUCAACUAAUUCUUGAUAAAGCUCGACUUAUUUGUCGUAUCGCAGCCUGUUCUUAUCAAAAACUAGAACCUGGAUGUUAUUUUCGAACAGAAGCUAAAAAAUGUUGCCCAGUUCUGGUUUGUCCUAAAGAUGGGGAGAAGCGACCUGAAUGUAUAGUUGAUGGUAAAACUUAUAAUGAUAGUGAAAAAUUUAUUCUACUAUCAGACCCAGAGAAACUUUGUUUUUGUGGUCCUGAAUAUACAGCUGAAACUGCUGAUUUAUUCUGCCGAAAGAAACAUUAUGCCUGUGAUAUACAUCUUCAGCACCCUUAUGAUGACAAGUGUGCUCCAACUUUUUUCACUUCUCAAUCACCAUCAGCUGAUUGUCCUUAUUUUAAUCGAUGUCAAAACGAAAGGGAUAUAGUGAUAAAGAAAUUUAGAGCAAAUGAAAAUCCAAAUGGACCAGAUGAUAUGAUUUGUAAAUUUGGUAAUUUAAUAAUGAAAUAUGGAGAUGAGCUUGUUCAGAACACAUAUCUUGAUUCCAUCUGCAUGAAUUGUACAUGUGAAGUUGGACCAAUACCUACAUGUCAACGGUUACCUAAAGCAAUUUGUAAUCCCAGAAAUGUCAAACUAUCUAAUUCAUGAUCAUAAUAGUUUGGUUAAUUUCUUACAACAGUUUGAUUGCCUUGAUGAUGUCUAUGAAUAAUAAUUAAAAGAAAUCAAAGAAGUUUAGGUUUAACAACUGAUAAUUUUUAAACAGUUAUCAUAAAAUGUCACAUUAGGUCAAGUAGUGUAAGUUUAAAACAGAAAGAAUAUGGAAAAUUAAUGCUGAUAUAAAUAAGCUAUAAGUAUAAGUAAAUUAUAAGGAGAGAAAUAUUCCAAAGAAUAUUAAUACAUGCAUUAAAACAUACAAGAAGAAAAUUUCAUUUAUUAAUAAAUUAAUUAGGUAAUAUCUAAAUUUAGCAAAAAAAAUUCUGUCACUAGAGAAAUAUUCCGUAAUAAAAUGAAGAAUAUAUUUAAGUAUUAUAGUUGAAGAUCAUUAAAAUCAGUAAUUAUGUCUAGUGACUAGAACAUAAAUAUUUACAUGUAUUUCUUAAAAAUAAUAAAAAAUAUUGCGUAUAAGAUGCAAAGA